UCAAAGAACAAUUGAAUUUGUAUAUUGUGUUCAACAUUUUUUUUUACUUAAAAAUUAAUUUUUUUUUUCUUCUGUUUCCUAGUAUGUUUCUGUUCAUUUAAUUAUUUCAUCAUCGGCAAUCUCAAACAUUAAUUCUUGAUUGAUUCAGUUCAUCUAAUUUAGAAAUCGUUUUCAUUGAUCAAAUAAUUUCGUCGUAUUUUUUACUGGAAAAAUGACUGAUAAAUUGGUGUCAAAAAUCGAUAUACCGGAUUUAAUCAUAAAUCCACAGACGAAAAAACAAUAUCAAAAAGGCAAAUUUCUUGGUCGGGGUGGUUUUGCUAAAUGCUAUGAAUUUACUGAUUUAUCAACGAAAAAAAUGUAUGCCUGUAAGGUGAUUUCAAAAACUCAAUUGGUCAAAGAUAAACACAAGACAAAGAUGAGUUUAGAGAUAUCCAUACAUCGUAGUGUUGACCAUGAACAUAUUGUCAAAUUUUAUUCAUUCUUUGAAGAUGCCAAUUUUGUUUACAUUAUAUUGGAAUUAUGUGGUAAACGUUCAUUGAUGGAAAUGCAUAAACGACGUAAACGUGUUAGUGAAGCUGAAUUACGUUAUUAUGUUCGUCAAAUAACUUUGGCUUGUGUUUAUUUACAUAAUUCACGUAUUGUACAUCGUGAUCUCAAACUUGGAAAUCUAUUCCUUAAUGAUGAUAUGCAAGUAAAAUUAGGUGAUUUUGGUUUGGCUACAAAAUUAAAUCAAGGUGAACAGAGAAAAACUUUAUGUGGUACACCAAAUUAUAUUGCACCAGAAAUUUUAUUGGAAACUGGACAUGGAUUUGAAGUGGAUGUAUGGUCAUUAGGUUGUAUUGUGUUCACAUUGGCUGUCGGUAAACCGCCAUUUGAAACAGAAGAAUUGAAAAAUACUUAUCGAAAAAUUAAAAAGAAUGAUUAUACCAUACCGAAUGAUGUGAAUCCAGCAUUGGCUACAUUCAUUCAUAAAAUGCUUCAAGCUGAUCCUAGUAAACGUCCAACAAUGCAACAAAUUCUUAAGGAUCCAUAUUUGAUUGAUAAUUAUAUUCCAUCUUGUUUACCAACAUCAUGUCUUAGUGUUGCACCACGUAUCAAUGAAAAUCGUCUUUCAAUUCUUGCUCACGGUGAAGGUUUUCGACGACCAUUCUCCGAAAUGGCUAAUCAAGAAAAAGAUGGACAAAGUGCCAAAGAAACUAAUAAUGGUCAAGCUAAGGCUGCCGCUAAUAAUCAAUUGGCCGCUAACAAAGGAGUUAAUGCUCUAUUACAGCCAUUGAAUGAAAAUGCACCAUCGGAUUAUUAUCUAUCUGAAUUACGUGAACAAGUGAUUAAAUUAAUGAGCUCAAAACGUUUGCGUGUUAAACAAUCAUCAAACGACGAUGAAGCUGAACAUCCAGCAUCAAUGCCAUGCUAUUGGGUUAGUAAAUGGGUCGAUUAUACCGAUCGUUAUGGUAUUGGCUAUCAAUUAUGCGAUAACAGUAUUGGUGUAUUAUUCAAUGAUUCGACUAAAUUCAUAUUGAUGCCUGACCAAACAAAUUUCCAUUACAUUGACAAAGAUGGUGUAGAAGAAUAUUAUAAAUACAAUCCUGAUUAUGCACCCGAUCAUCUGGUUAAAAAGACAACAUUGUUUCGUUAUUUUCGUAAUUAUAUGAAUUCACAUCUAAUAAAAAUGGGUGAAAAACAGAAACAACAAUUGGGUGAAAAAGAGGAAAUGGUACGAGUACCAUAUAUUAACUCUUGGUUCCGUACAAAUAGUGCCAUAGUGUUUCAUCUGACUAAUGGUACUGUACAGUUGAAUUUUUUCAAAGAUCAUAUCAAAUUAAUAUUAUGUCCACAUAUGGCUGCCGUUACUUUUGUAAAUGAAACUGGAGAUUUUCGAGCAUAUAAAUUUUCAUUACUCGAAGAACAUGGUAUUAAUUCGGAACUUUUGACUCGUUUAAAAUAUGCCAAAGAAGUGUUGUCACAUUUGCAUAGAAAAAUUAUUGCAGACUGAUCAUCUUUCAAAUCAUUCUGUUGUGUUGGCCUAACAUUCUUUGUUUAAAUUAUAGUUAUAAUAAUCACAUUAAUCUAAUUCGAUUCUCAUAAUAAUUAAUAUUCAAAUUCAAAA